GCUGGGGGAGGCUGCGGGCCGAGCUCGGGCCCAGUGUCCUGUGCUCCAGAGUCACCGGCGUCUUUUCUCUACCCUGCGCUUCCACUCAGGUAGCCCCAGAGACGACAUCAGCAGAGUGUGCGGGAAGCCCAGGGCGAUGGGGAAGAUCUAUGGUGGCCAGGACGCCGAGGCUGGCCAGUGGCCGUGGCAGGCCAGCCUGCUGUACAAGGGCUCGCACCUCUGCGGAGCUGCCCUCAUCGACUCCCACUGGCUGGUUUCGGCUGCCCACUGCUUUUUCAAAAAAUCCCGGGCCCUGGAGAACUAUCAGGUUCUGUUGGGAUACACUCAACUGUAUCAGCAAACCCAGCACACCCAGAAGAUGUCUGUGAACCAGAUUAUCACCCACCCAGACUUUGAGAAGUUGCACCCCUUUGGGAGUGACAUUGCCAUGUUACAGCUGGACCUGCCUGUGGACUUCACUUUCUACAUUGCCCCAGUCUGCCUCCCAUCCGCAGACAUGCGGCUGCCCAGUAACGCAUCCUGUUGGAUAACUGGCUGGGGAAUGCUCACCGAGGACAUGCGCCUAUUACCGCCCUUCAAUCUCCAGGAGGGGAAAGUGAUCCUCAUUGAGAACAUGUUCUGCAAUUUCUUGUAUGGUCAAAUUACUAGCACAGGCAAUACUUACUAUGUGCAUGAGGAUAUGGUGUGUGCGGGAGACUUCUCGACAGGAAAGUCCAUCUGCCAGGGCGAUUCCGGGGGGCCUCUGGUCUGCUACGUCCCCAGUGCCUGGGUCCUGGUGGGGCUGGGCAGCUGGGGCCUGGACUGCCGGCAUCCCGUCUACCCCGGCAUCUUCACCAGGGUCACCUACUUCGCUGACUGGAUCAACGAAAUCAAGAGACUCACUCCUCUUCCUGCCCCUGCGUCUGCUCCUCCUCUCACUGGCUCUCAGCCCCAGCGCCUGCGGGCUGCCGGCUCUCCCGGGCCCUGCACAGCCCUUGUGCCUCCACAGACCUGGCUCCUGCUGCCCUUUACCCUCAGGGCCCGGGGGUGACCUGGGAGGCCCUCCACUCCUCUCUGCCCAGGCUCCAGUCUUCAGGCUGGACCCUCCUCCCUCCAGCCCACCAUCUCUGCACGGUUCCUCCCCAGCUUCUCUGUCCAUCAGCUGCCACUCCCUAAACCAAGCCUGGCGAAACCGAACCAAACCAAAUAUCUUUGUUAUUUUAUUUAUUUAUUUUUUAAGACAGAGUCUUGCUAUGCUGCCCAGGCUGGAGAGCAGUGGCACAGUCAGAACUCACUGUAGCCUAGAACUCCCAUGCUCAUGUGAUCCUUCUUCCUCAGCCUCCUGAGUAGUUGGGGCUAGAGGUGCACACCAGCAUGGCCAGUUAAUGUUUUUUGUUCUUAUUUUUGUGGAGAUUGGGGGUCUCUCUAUG